CCAGCGCAGCCGGGACGCGGCGGGACCGUGCUUAGGGCCGCUGCACCGUCUGCGGGAGCCCGCUGCUCAGCGAGGCGCCUCGCCGCACCCAGGGACCCCGACCUCGGAGAGCCGGGACCCCGAGCGGACUCGCCAGGAUGCGCGGCCCCCAGCUCCUCGGCGAGCUCCUCCUGCUCUGUCUGGGCGUCGCCGCUCUGGCCGCCCGGCCGGGGCCCAGUUUUCUGGUGACAGCCCCAAGGACCAUCAGGCCAGGAGGAAAUGUGACCAUCGGGGUGGAGCUCUUGGAACACAGCCCUUCACAGAUCACUGUGAAGGCCGAGCUGCUCAAGAAGGCGGCAAACCUAACUGUCUCUGUCUUGGAAGCAGAAGGAGUCUUUGAGAAAGGCUCUUUCAAGACACUUACUCUCCCAUCACUACCUCUGAACAGCAAGGAUGAGAGCUAUGAGCUGCGCGUCACUGGCCACGCGGAGGAUGAGAUUUUAUUCUACAACAGCACGCCCUUAUCAUUUGAGAUUAAGAGAGUGUCUGUCGUCAUUCAGACAGACAAGCUGCUCUACAAGCCAGGGCAGGAAGUGAAGUUUCGGGUUAUUAUGUUCUCCUCAGAUUUUAGGCCUUAUAAGGCCUCUUUAGAUGUCUUCAUUAAGGACCCCAAGUCCAAUGUGGUCCAACAGUGGUUGUUACAACGAAGUGAUCAUGGAGUCAUUUCCAAAACUUUUCAGUUAUCUUCACAUCCUAUACUUGGUGACUGGUCCAUUCAGGUUCAAAUAAAUGACCAGACAUAUUACCAAUCAUUUCAGGUCUCCGAAUACGUAUUACCAAAAUUUGAAGUUGUUCUCCAGACACCAUUAUACUGUUCUUUGAAUUAUAAGAAUUUAAAUGGUACCAUCACAGCCAAGUAUACAUAUGGGAAGCCAGUCAAAGGAGAUGUAACACUUACAUUUUUACCUUUAUCAUUUUGGGGAGAGAAGAAAAACAUUACAAAAACAUUUAAGAUAAAUGGAUCUGCAAACUUCUCUUUUAAUGAUGAAGAAAUGAAAAAGGUAAUGGAUUUUGCAGAUGGGCAUUCCAAGCACGUGGAUCUGUCCACCCCGGGACCAGUGGAAAUUCUAGCCACAGUGACAGAAUCACUUACAGGUAUCUCAAGAAAUGCAAGCUCCAAUGUCUUUUUCAAGCAACAUGAUUAUAUCAUUGAAUUUUUUGAUUAUGCCACUGUCUUGAAGCCAUCUCUCAACUUCACAGCCACUGUGAAGGUAACCCGUUCUGAUGGCAGUCGAUUGACUCAAGAAGAAAGAAGGAAUCAGGUAGCCAUAGCAGUGACCCAGAGAAACAGGACCAAUCUCUGGAGCAGGUGGAACCAUGAAAAUGAGGGAAUGGAAGAUGCCCACAUCACAAAUUACACUGUUCCCCCGGAUGGAAUCUUUAAGAUUGAGUUCCCAGUCCUGGACAGCUCCAGCCAGCUCCAAGUGAAGGCUUACUUUCUUGAUAGUGAAAGUAACAUGGAAGUUCAUGGCACGUUUACAUCCCCUAGUAAGACAUACAUCCAGCUAAAGACAAGAGAUGAAAAUAUAAAGGUUGGAACACUGUUUGAGUUGGUGGUUAGUGGCAACAAACAAGUGAAGGAAUUUAGCUAUAUGGUGGUAUCCAGGGGUCAAUUGGUGGCUGUAGGCAAACAAAGUUCAACAACUUUCUCUUUAACACCAGAAAAUUCUUGGGCUCCAAAGGCCUGUAUAAUUGUGUAUUAUGUGGAAAAUGAUGGAGAAAUUAUAAAUGAUGUUCUAAAAAUUCCUGUUCAGCUUGUUUUUAAAAAUGAGGUAAAGCUGUUUUGGAGUAAACCUAAUGCAGAGCCUUCGGAGAAAGUCUCGCUGAGGGUCGCUGUGACACAGCCUGACUCUGUCGUCGGGAUUGCAGCUGUUGACAAAAGUGUAAGCCUGAUGAAUGCCUCAAACGAUAUCACAAUGGGAAACGUGGUCCAUGAGUUGGAACUUUAUAACACAGGAUAUUAUUUAGGCAUGUUUAUGAAUUCUUUUACCGUCUUUCAGGAAUGUGGCCUCUGGGUGUUGACGGAUGCACACCUCAUGAAGGAUUAUAUCGAUGGUGUUUAUGACUUUGUCGAAUAUGCCGAGAGGUAUAUGGAGGAAAAUGAGGGAUACUUAGAUAUUCAUGGUUUUUCUUCAGCCAGUAAUCCACAUGUCAGAAAGCACUUUCCAGAGACUUGGCUUUGGCUGGAUGUUCACAUGGGAUCUAAGAUUUAUCAAGAAUUUGAAGUUACUGUACCUGAUUCUAUCACUUCCUGGGUGGCUACAGCUUUUGUGAUCUCUGAAGACUUAGGUCUUGGCCUAACAACUGCUCCUGUGGAGCUACAAGCCUUCCAACCAUUUUUCAUUUUUUUGAAUCUUCCCUACUCUGUUAUCAGAGGUGAAGAAUUUGCUUUGGAAGUAACCAUAUUCAAUUAUUUGAAAGAUGCUACGGAGGUUAAGGUAAUCAUUGAAGAGAGUGACAGAUUUGAUAUUCUAAUGACUUCAAAAGAAAUAAAUGCUACAGGACACCAGCAGGACAUUCUGGUUCCCAGUGAAGAUGGUACAACUGUUCUUUUCCCAAUUAGGCCUACACAUCUGGGAGAAAUCCCCAUCACAGUCAGAGCCAUCUCACCCAUGGCUUCUGAUGCUAUCACCCAGAGGAUUUUAGUAAAGGCUGAAGGGAUAGAAAAAUCAUAUUCACAAGCCGUCUUGCUAGACUCGACUAACAGACAGCCAACCGUGGAAACUUUGAGUUUCUCGUUUCCCCCUGAUACGGUCAGUGGCAGUGAGAGAGUUCAGAUCACUGCAGUAGGAGAUGUCCUUGGUCCUUCCAUCCAUGGCUUAGCUUCACUGAUUCGAAUGCCUUACGGCUGCGGAGAACAGAACAUGAUAAAUUUUGCUCCAAAUAUCUACAUUUUGGAUUAUCUGACUCAAAAGAAACAGCUGACAGAUAAUGUAAAAGAAAAAGCCCUUUCAUUUAUGAGGCAAGGUUACCAGAGAGAACUUCUCUAUCAAAGGGACGAUGGCUCUUUCAGUGCAUUUGGGAAUAGUGAUCCUUCUGGGAGCACUUGGUUGUCAGCUUUUGUUUUAAGAUGUUUCCUUGAAGCCGAUCCUUACAUAGAUAUUGAUCCGAAUGUGCUACACAGAACGUAUAAUUGGCUGAAAGGACAUCAGAAAUCCAGUGGUGAAUUUUGGGAGCCAGGAAGAGUGAUCCAUAGUGACCUUCAGGGUGGCAAUAAUAGUCCAGUGACACUCACAGCCUAUAUUGUGACUUCUCUCCUGGGAUACAGAAAAUAUCAGCCUAAUAUUGAUGUGCGAGACUCCAUCAGCUUUUUGGAGUCCAAGUUCAGUCAAGGAAUUUCAGACAAUUACACUCUGGCCCUGGUAACGCAUGCACUGUCCUCAGUGGGGAGUCCUAAGGCGGCGGAGGCUUUGAGAGUGCUGAGCCUGCGCGCAGAGGAGGAAGGAGGUGAGCGUUUCUGGGUGUCACCCGCAUCUACGCUGUCCGAGGGCUGGCAGCCACGCUCCCUGGACAUUGAGGUGGCGGCCUAUGCCCUGCUCUCCCACUUCCUGCAGCGCCAGGCUCCCCAAGGCCUCCCUGUUAUGAGGUGGCUCAGCAGGAAGAGAACCAGCCUGGGGGGCUUUGUAUCCACCCAGGACACCAUCGUGGCCUUAAAAGCCUUGUCCGAAUUUGCGGUCCUAAUGAAUACAGAAACAAAAGGUAUCCAAGUGACGGUGUCAGGGCCCAGUGCACCACGUCCUGUGAAGUUUCUGAUCGACACACACAACCGCUUUCUCUUUCAGACAGCAGAGCUUGCUGUGACGCAGCUAGCUGCAGUUGAUAUAACCGCAAAUGGUUUUGGAUUUGCUAUCUGUCAGCUCAAUGUUGUUUAUAAUGUGAAGGAUUCAGGGUCUGUUAGAAGACGAAGAUCAACCCAAAAUCAAGAAGCCUUUGAUUUAGAUGUUAACGUAAAAGAUGAUGAAAAUGAUGUCAAUCAUGUAAAUUUGAAUGUGUGUACAAGGUUUCUGGGCCCAGAUAGAAGCGGCAUGGCCCUCAUGGAAGUUAACCUUCUCAGCGGCUUUGCUGUGCCGUCCGAUACCAUUUCUCUGAGUGAGACAGUGAAAAAAGUGGAAUAUGAUCACGGGAAACUCAACCUCUAUUUAGAUUCUGUAAAUGAAACACAGUUUUGUGUUGAUAUUCCUGCUGUGAGAAACUUUAAAGUGUCAAAUACCCAAGAUGCUUCAGUAUCCAUAGUGGAUUACUAUGAACCAAGGAGGCAGGCGGUGAGAAGUUACAACUCCCGAGUGAAGCUGUCCUCCUGCGACCUUUGCCAAGACGUCCAGGGCCACUGUCCUUGUGAGGAUGGAGCUUCAGACCCCCAUCACCCUUCUUCAGUCCUGUUCGUCUUUUCUCUUGUGCUUCUGUGCUCUUUGCAACACUGGCUGUGAUUUAUUGUUUAAGGACUCCAUGUAAAACUAACAUUUCCAGAAAUCACACGCGAUCGCUUUGUUUUCAUAGUUGAAUUAUCACCUCGGGCUAUUUUGAAAAAAAAAAAAAGGUAUUUUCAUUACACAGGGUCAGGGGAUGGUUUACAACGUGUCUUAGGGUGUAAUUUCUUCACUUGGCCUUUGUGUGAUCAGAAUGACUGCAGUGGGGUAUUUUUAUUUUCCCUAUGUGAAAUUGUUUAAGAUUUUUUAAAGGAAGUUUUUGUUUUCUUCAGUCUAAAAAUGUUUUUAAAAAAUUUUUUCUAUUUUGUAAAAGACAUAGUCUUAGGCCGUCAAGCAUUAGUAUGCAUCAGUGUUUGCUCUAGCGUUCAAGAUGGAUUUCUUCGGGAACCAGCAGGAGGAGCUUCUCCUGUUCUCUUCCUACCUCCAAUCUAAUGCACACCCCGUGGUUUCAGUGUAUCUUUCUGAAUUGGACAUUGUUUCUUUCUUUUAGAAUGUAGAUGGCAAGUUUUAAAAAGUUGAAUGGUCUUUUUCCACUUCUAGUCAGAUCACCUCCCCAGCCUUUAUCUACCCUUUCUGUUUCUCCUGGAGAGAAUGAGAAGCGACCUGUCUUCUUCUGCGUGAUGUGGUUUUCAGAGAGUGGGGAGAGUGUAUUCAGCCCCAAACCCAGCCAUAUUUCAGGCACAUGAGUCAGAGAGCACUGCUACGUGUGCCUUAUGUGACUGAGAACAGAGGGCCGAGGCUGGAAUACGCUUGAACCAGAAGUACAAGAACGUGCUCUACAAGUUUCUGACAACAUGUGACCUCCACGUGCUCUGGGAAGGAAGUUGGAGCUGAUGGGGCCAACUUGAAGUCUUGACCUGAAAUGCUGUAGUGUUGGCCUGGACUUCUGGAGAACCUUGUCUAGGCUUAAGGCUCUGAGCACCAGACUGCCACUGUCUAGUGAUGUGAUGCAAAAUAUGAUUCCUUAAGAAGAUUUAUGAAUUCUGAGCAUCUGGCUCAUUGGUCACCCUGUACUCUGAAGAUAUUCACAUACCUAUGAGAUGAGACUUAAAAAAAAAUCCUUUCCUGCUCCUUCCCUUUUCAUCCUUUCUUCUUUUUUCCUUCUUGCCUGUCAACAAACAUUAGAUAUUAAAAAAAUUAAGGACUCUAAAAACUAAAUCCAGGGAGUGGUUUAAUUUUGCUUCUUAACUCCAUGGAUUUUUGUCUCAAAGUAGGCAUGGGAAAAUAAUUUCCAUGGGCCUCAAAGAGUUUGCUACGUAUUUUUUAGCUAUUUAAAAAGAAGUCUAUGAAAACUAAAAUAUGCAAUUAUAUUUUUAAAAAUUAAUUUUAAAAAGAAUACUUUUAUUAUAGUGAAUUCUAAGAAGUUAUAUUGGAAUAGAUGUUCAUACAUUGCUUAUGGAUAUUUUGAUACCAAGGUAGAAACAAUCAACAUUAUAUAUUUUAAUACUUGCAUUCUCUGUAGAAAACAGAAACUCAGGGAGUGGCCUAUGAAGAGAGUGGUUAAAUAUCAAGUAUAUAAUUUUCAUGUAUUUAUUUUAAAUUGGAGAAAAGUUUAAAAUUUUUUUUAUCUGUGUCUUACUUGCAUUCUCAUUGCUGGAACAAAACACAUAACACCUAUAAGUUAGAAGAGAGGUUUAUGUUAGUAUGUUAGCUCACAAUUUGUAGAAAUUUUAGUCCAUUGUUGGCUGGUUCCAAGGCAGGGUGACAUAGCAGAGGGCAUGGUGGAGGAGAGACAGCCCAUGGCAUGGCAGGAAGGAGGAUAAAAGGAAGCGGGGAGAUAUCCCCACAGCCACCCACCGCUUCCCACCAGGCUUUACCUCCCAACAUCAUACCCAGCUGCAGGUCUACCUGCGGGCUAAUCCAGUCAUGAGUACACACACCCACAAUACAGUCAUCUCCCCAAAGCCCAUCUAUGAGUACAUGAGGCUUUGGGGGGCAUUUUAGAUAUAAACUAUAACAAUCUGUUUCACCUUAGGAACAGUUCAUUCUAGAAACGGCAUUUGUCAUGUUUGUCCUCGCUGUUCUGCGAUCUCAGGCUUUACUCUCUGGAAAUUCUGUGAAGGUAGAAUCAUUUUAUGAUGUGUGUUGGCAGAGAUUCCCCCUGCCUGCCUGCCCAGAGAACCUUGUAGUGACUGUCACUACCUUAUGUUCUGUAUUAAAUAAUUUAUAGUGAACUUAGCACUGUUUAUCGGGAAACACUAGGGUGGAAAUUCCACCGGAAGACAGAUUGUUUGUGUUUUAGACUUCCUCAUUUAAAAACGAGGAUUGAAAUAUACUUUUUGGGUAUAGUACUUAAGAUUUUUAGGUAAAAAGGUACUUUGUAACUCACCUCUUUUCAUUAUGCAUCUAUUAGAAGUAAGGAGGAGGCAGCAGAGGUGAGGAGAGGAUUAGUCAGGUCAGUUGGUGGUGCAUGGGGCCAAAGGGGUGUCUCAGCCGCUCCCCACUGCUUCUGUGCUUCUCAGAGAACGCGCUCCACUCCAAGAAGGGAUUGAAAGACCACAGGCACACGGAGAAAUACAGUGCACUGGGAGCAGUAAGUAAUAGUGUACACUAUUUUCUUCACGUGCUAUGAGAAAUAAUAUAAAAAAUCAUUUUACUUUUGUCUGCUUGUGCUGAAACUCAUCCACUGAGAAUGUCAUCAGUUUUGCUUCUUGAAAUGAGCUCAUUUAAAUUUCUUCAUUGUCCCUUAUCUCAUUUUGGUUUUUGAUUGGCCAGUGGUUCCACAGACUGAACACUGGGAGUAAGUAGGAACCUCACAGUUUUAGGACAGAAUGACGUGUUUAUAUUUAGAUUCGCCAUGUUACUACCUUUAGUUACAGUGCUAAAAAAAGAAAUGAGAGCUCUUGAAAAUGUGUCCAAUGAAAUGCUUCCUUUUACUGUGUUCUAUUUGCUUUGUUUUUUAAAAAUGUUCUAAAAAAACUAUCUUUGGUUUAGUAUUUUAGUUACGUUAUAAUUAGCAGCACUGUGUUCAUACAAAAUACAAGUGUACAGCUGUUACCUAGAAGUUUGUACUUAUAUAUGGUACCAUAUCCUAAAUGUGGGAGAACAUAUAGGCAUAACUCUCUGCUACUAUUUUUUUUGAACCUGGGUAUAGUACUUUUUGAAACUCAUAACUAACCGUCAUUUCUUCUCAUGUGAAGUUGUUUGUUAGUAGUUUGGCAGUAUAAUCCAAAUUAUCUUUACUUUGACAUUCAGUUAUUUCAUUUGACAUUUCUAGACGCCUUAUGACAUUUAAAAAAUUGGAAUUGAUUUUGCUUUGUAAUUUUUAACAAAAGAGCCAUUUUAUUAACCUGCUGACAUAUAAUCUAGAGUUCUUUUUUUCUGACUGCAUUGGAACUACUGACUAUUGAUGUCUAUAAAAAUAUGUUGUAAACACCUUCUAGGCAAGGUUCUCCAGCCAAAGGAUUAUAAUUAUUCUGAGUCUGCCAAGUGGCUGUCAUAGGUCAAGGCAUCAUCACAUAUUUCUGGAGUAUCAAUUCUUGCACAUUGUAAAUCUGAGACACUUACCCCAGUAAAUGGAUUACACCUGGGUAAGCAUCAGUACCUUUUAUAUUCUCAGUAGAGGCUUUUGUUAGACCAAAAGAGUACAUUCUUCAUUUUCCUUUGUGUUUAAAUUCUGCUAAGGCAUAGCACUUUUUAAGAACUUAAUAUGUUAAUAUUAAAUACCUUAAGUUAGGUUGGGAAUAGUUUGAGGAGCAGUUACUUUUUACUAUUAAUUUGAAAACAGAGGGCCAUUAUUCUUCAUUGUUCAAAAAAUUGAGUAGAUGUCACUUUUAAAAUUAAGUAUAGGUCAGUGAGAAUAGACUUGUGAAACCAUUUCUAGGUAUUUUCCAGUUUCAUAUGCCUCAUCAAAAGGUAGUGCUACAUUGCAUCAUUUUGUAAAAUACAUUGCAAUUUUUCUUUCACUUAUUAAUACAGUAAAAUAAACAUUUUCUAGAUGAUUUCUAGACUUCUCAUGUCAAAGGACACUUAACACAUGGGUGUUUGUAAUAGGGAUGGUACUGAUGUGUGUUUUGAUGUAAGAGUCUAUUGCAUAUUGUCACAAGAUUUACCUCUCUUCUUCAUUGAGUUUGUGGUAGAGGGCAGUUCUGUGUUCUACCCACAGAUUUUUAAGAUUUAUCUUCGAAGCUGGCUGUUGUGGUGCACGGCUGUAAUCUCAGCACUCUGGGAAGCUGAAGCAGCAGGAGGAUGACAAGUGAGAGCUCAGCCGGGGCAACAGCCAUUUAGUGAGACCCUGCCUCAAAGUAAAACAUAAAGACCGGGGGAUGUAGCUCAGUAUGAAGGUUCUGGGUUCAAUUCGCAAUAAUGAAAAAAAAAAAAGAAAAAAGAUAUCUUUCAUAGAUUUAAUGGAAUAUGGCGUGGUGAUUUGGUCCUUCAAGGCUUUAUAUGUUGAAUUUUUAGGAUGGUGCAUUAGAUACAGUGAAGUAUCUCUUUUGUACAGAGAAAUCUUUAUAAAAUUUCCUUUACAAAUCUCUUGUUUCGAGAAACUUUUGCAUAUGAGAAGUGUACCACUGAAAUAAAACCUUAUUUUUUCAAGAACUAAGCUUUUAUAUAUUGAUCAAGGUGAUCCUGAAAGCUAUUUUAAGCUUUGGAACAUUGUUAAUUAUCACUAAUUGUACCUUACUAUGUAAUCAAUAGGAAAUCAUGCUUUAUCAAUAAAAAUUGACGUUCCUA